CCCUCCCCUGUGAGCGAGUGGAAGCAGCAGUGGAUAUACAUGGGGCUGUGACACACACUCGCAGGCUCACACACAGCAGGCACGGCUGCAGCAGCUCCGACUGACAGAAGGCAGCAACUUCUCACACUCUCCGGCUAUUGCUGAGGGGUCCAGAAGAUGGUAAACUACCCAAAGCAAGAUAUGUUUUGGCACUGGAUAUUGCCAUUCUUUCUACUCUUAAGAUAUAUGCAAAUAACAGCAGCUUAUUCAGAGAUGUACUGGACUCCGCCUUCCGAUUUCUUUCUGACUUGCAUUUUGACCAACAAGUCAGUAAAUUAUCCACUACUGGCUGGAAUUUUACAGAAUAAGUCAGAUAUCUCAGGGAAGUAUGAUACUUUAGAGGGCAGGUCGGAUUUUAGAUGUACCCAUUUAGCUGAUUUAAAAUCACAAGGACGUGUUUCAUGUUGCCUAUGGGAUCAUUUAAAUACAAACUUUUCAAGUCAGAACGGAGUUGCAGAGUUAAAGGAAAUGCUUUUUGCAAGCUUUGCAUCAGAUAUCCAACUAGAAGAUUUCAGCUGGAAAGUACAGUGCUCAUUUGAGGAAAAAGCAAAUACACUUAUUUGUGACCUGCAGUUAUUACCAGAAACAAAGCACAUUGUAACAGAUUAUCAAAUUAGUCUUCAUUAUUCUUUGGUUGCAAAGAGUGAGCUGAAAGGCACAGCUGAAUGCAGAUGCUUUGGAUAUGAGAAAUGUGAAUGCAUUGUACCGUCUGUAAAAUUCAAUGAUACCUACAUCCUAUGGAUUGAAAUCCUGAAUAUCACAGCACUUCUUCACUCCCCACCUAUGUCUGUUGUACCUUACCAUAUAGUCAAGCCUGAUCCUCCUGAUGACUUGCGAGCGGAAAUAAUGGAACAAGGCACAUUAAAGGUGUUUUGGUUGAAACCCAUCUCUGCUGCUUAUGAGCUCCAGUAUCAAGUAAGAUAUACAGUGAAAGCAGCAGAGACAAACUCACAGGUUUAUCUGCUGGUCAAUGAAACAUCAGUGAUCAUCAGUGAUAUCCAGCCUUGUACAGAAAUGGUAAUAGAAGUCAGAUGUAUAAACUUACACAAAUCAGGACUCUGGAGUGACUGGAGUAAAACCUGGGUUUUAAAUUCACAAGAUGUAUUCUACUUCCCCCAAAAAGUAUUGGUUAGUAGUGGCUCCAGCACUUCUGUCUCCUGCUUGUUUUGUGACAAUGGCAAGAAAGUUCCAUCCAGUAAUAUCACAUGGUGGCUAAAUUUUGGGGAGAAGAUACCAAAGCAUCAGUACAGAAUGACCAGUGAUUAUUUUAGCAAAGUGUUCCUGACUCACCUCAAUACAACCAAACCAAAGGGAAAGUUCCGAUAUGAUGCCUUACAUUGCUGUAUUAACCAUAAUGAAUGUCAUCAUCGGUAUGCAGAAAUUUAUGUUUUAGAUGUCAACAUCAGUAUUUCAUGUGAAACUGAUGGGAAUCAAAAAAUGAUGACGUGCAGAUGGAGUUCCCAAAAUAUGACACUACCUGAAGGAAGUGUCUUACAGUUCAAGUAUUAUAGAAACAAACUUUAUUGCUUAGAUAAAGAUUUAAAAGGCAAUGUGCCGAUUUCAAAAGAUUGCCAGUUACAAAUGGAUGGAUUCUAUGAAUGCACAUUUGAGCCUGUUCACCUUGUCUCUGGCUAUAUUAUGUGGAUUGAGAUACAACACCAUUUAGGAGCACUUAAUUCGCCACCUGUUUGCAUCCUUCCCAUAAAUACAGUAAAACCACUUGCUCCAUCAAGAGUGAGAGCUGAAAUGACUAAGGGUUCAGGACAUUUAUAUGUGAGUUGGAAAAGGCCUGCUCUUCCAUCUACUGAUCUUCAGUUCCAGGUCCGUUACUGUUUGCAAGGGCAAGGAAUAAUAUGGAAGGUGCUGGAUAUUUUUGAAGAAGAAUUUGUCAGUAUACAGGUUCCAGAUGUCUGUGCCUCAUACACUGUCCAAGUACGUUCUAGAAGAACUGAUGGAGUUGGAUACUGGAGUGAUUGGAGCCAACCUGUGCACACUGUUGUAAGAGACAUUAGAGUUCCUUUGCAAGGACCAACUUUCUGGAGAACUACUCACAAUAAUCCCAUGCAGAAAGGGGACAAUAUUUCCAUUAUUUGGCAGCCCCUACCAUCAGAGCACUCACUGUGUUCUAUUCAAGGAUAUGAAGUCAUUCAUCUGAAUUCUAAAAAUGUCACCUGGUCGAAAUAUGUAGGAAACACAACAAAGCAUACUUUCACUUUAUCGGAUAACGCUGUAACAGUUACACUUCUAGCUGUCAACUCCCUUGGAUACUCUCUGACAAACAGCAAGUUAACAUUUUCCUGUGAAAUGAGUACAGUUACAUCUGUGGAGUCCUUCAGAGUUUACCAUAUGAACAACACUUGUGCAGUGGCUGUGUGGACUAUGUUGCCCAAAAGUGACAUGCCAUUGGAAUUUAUUGUUGAAUGGAAGAAUCUUGGGAAUGAAGAAAAGGUACAGUGGAUGAAUAUCCCUCGAAACAUGAGCAGGUGUUAUAUUGAAGACAAUUUUUUUGCAAUUGAGAAAUACGUUUUUAGUCUGUACCCAGUAUUUCCAGAAGGAGUUGGUCGUUCCAAAGUUGUAAAUGGCUUUUCUACAGUGGAAUUGACUGAAGCACCAAAGGAUGCCGGCUUGUAUGUUAUACUGCCAGUUAUUAGUUUUUCAGUCUUCUUGCUUAUGGGAACAAUACUAAUAUCUCACCAAAGGAUGAAAAAAUUAUUUUGGAAAGAUGUGCCAAAUCCAAAGCACUGCUCUUGGGCUCAGGGUGUCAAUUUUGAAAAGCCAGAUACAUUAGAAAACCUUUUCAUGAAACAUCACAAACACCCGGCAAAUGGUUCUCCAUUCCUCUUUGAGCCUGAAGCAGUUUUUGAAGACCUGAGUAUUGACAAGCAAGUACCACAUGAAAUUAUUGAUAAUAUUCCAGCAGUUACCAGUUUAUUUACCGUAUCCGAAGAACCUGACCAUGACUCUGCUUGUGAGUCAAGUAAUUUUAGCAGCGGUUGUGCAUUUGAAACUGACCACCAGGAAAUGGUAUACAGCAGCAUCUGCCAAUCCAGUAUUGAAUAUGCAACAAUAAUGAAUAAUACCCAGCAGUGCAGAAAAUAUAGCAGUGAACGGAAAACCAGCCUUAGCUCUUUUGAUGGUUGCCUUUUAGGAAAUAGUUCUAUGGUGAUUGGGAACCAUGAUGUUGAUAAGCAGACAUUGGUCUUCCUAGCUGGACUUCACACAAAACAGCCAGACAAAAUGUCUUGCAAUUCUACUGUGUCUUCCGAAGGGUUCUCUGAGCCAUUGGAUCAUGAAGAUAGCUUCUUGGAAGCUGAUGGCCUGGAAAGAAACUUGUACUACCUGGAAUUUGGUUCAAUCCAGCAAUGUGGACAACAAGACUGUUAUUCAGAGAAACCUUUAGGGACAUUUCCCUUCCAAGAAAAUAUCUCAUAUAAAGAGAUUGAUUUCAAAAAAGACAAAGCAUCAGAAUUUAUAGAUAACUAUGAUAUCAAAAAUUCAUUUAAGAAGGCCUUCUUGUGUUACAUGCCACAGUUUCAGACGCAUUCUAUUAAACUACCUGGGGAAAUGGAAUCGGAAACACUUAAUUAAUGCACAUGAAAUAUUGUUACCAGAAAUACUUUAUGCAUGCAAAAGAAACUGCUAUUUUAAAUCUUUCCCAAAACUGUACAGCACAUGACUGGAAAGCCACCAGUAAAAAAUGUUGGUCAUUAAAACCCUUGAAAAAGGAUAUUUCUUAUUGAGAAACAACACCUCAGAAGAGGUUUCAUUCCUGUAUCUGUUUGCAUGCUGUGGUCACAAGCAGAAUAGUUAUUUUUAGAUCUAAUUUAUGUAGAGUUUCACAACUUGCCUUACAGAGAUUCAUCUUGACAUAUAUUCUCAGUCUGGUGCUCCAGCACUGUGUUCUGUUUAGGAAUACCUGCAGAUGUUGAAUUCAAUUAGUGUUUAUUAUGAGAAAGAGUAUUGACCUAGCUGCUGAUUGGUCCCUAUUCUACAAUUCAGUGUGCUGAAUGCCACAGGCUCCCCUGCACAGCCUGGGAAAGGAGGCAGCAGGAAGUGGAACAGAUGUGCAAGAGUAGUGUUUUUGGAGAAGUAUUCAAUAAACUAGCCCAAAACACAACUUUUUAAACCAUGGUCCUUCUAUAUUUAGAGGAGUAUAAUGUACUAGCGCAUCCUUGUUUUUUGCACAAUGUGUCUCUAUUAAUAGAGAGCAUUGGAAUCUAAUUCUGGCAGACUAGCAUGCUCUAAUUUCACUCUCUAAUAAAUAUGUCCCUAUACGUGAAAUAUUACAGUGGGGCUUCUUGGCAAUUGGAAACUUAUUGUAAAAUCCAUCUUAUCUAUCUGACUAUCUACCUACCCUUACCUUUGUGUGUAUCUGGGUUAUGUUUAAUAUUAUCCAGUGUGGUCUAAGUGAUCCAAAACUAUAUUCAGACUCAUGAGAGUGAACACUCUAAAGCACAGCAUUAACCUUGUAUUGUGACAAGUGGGAUAGGCAUCAGUUUACUAAAGUACAACAGACAUUGGGGCUGAUUCACUAAAGGCAGAAAAAACGAGUGUUAUUUUUAACAUGCAUUAAAAAUAUUUUUACUUCUUA